AUGCCAUCAGCCGAAUUGCAAACCGAAGUGUGUCUUUUUGAUCUAGACGGAACGCUGAUUGCGUCCACCGGAGCCGUGGAAAUGGCGUGGCAAGAUCUCUUCAAGAAGUACAAUCUGGACGGAAACGACUUUUUCAAACACAGUCAUGGUGUUCGUACCGUGGAGGUUUUCAAGAAGUUCUUGCCUCAGUUCGCUGCCAAUGCCCAAGAGAUGGCUACCGAAUUCGAGUUCGGUAUCUCCAACGACUGGGGCCACUUGGCCGUUCCUAUCAAGGGAGCUGGUGCUCUCAUUGAGUCCCUCCCUAAAGAGAGAUGGUGUAUUGUGACCAGCGGAACUCCGGGUAUGGCGCACAGCUGGUUCACUAAAGUUUUGAACAAGGACGGAUUUUACAAGCCCGACAUUUUCAUCACCGCCUCGGAUGUUACCGAGGGAAAGCCUCACCCUUCUGGUUACAAGAUGGGAGCCGAUUUGCUUGCACAGAAGGCGGGCAAGGACACCUUUGCUCAAAGAGUGGUUUUUGAGGACGCUCCUGCUGGUGUUCAGGCCGGUGUCGCUGCCGGAGCCAGAGUUAUUGGUAUUACCUCUUCCUUCCCUAAGGAGGUGUUGUACGGAGCUGGUGCCACUUACGUCGUGGAAGACCUUACCCACGUGAAGCUGGUGAAAAACGAGGGUGGAAUCAUCACAUUUGCUGUGGAUUACAUCUAA